CUUGUAUGAUUGAAUGUCUGAAUCGCUUACGGAGCAGAUUCUGUUUCUGGGUUUCUGUCUCUUGGACAAUAGAUCGAACAAAAAUGGAAAAUCGACGUUACGACCUUUUCCAGGGUUUGGAUCAGUACUUAAUUUAGAGUCUUUGGUAUGAUUUUGUGGUUGAAUUUUUUUGGGAAUGAUACAAUCUCUGUGCUCUACACGUUUCAAUGGUGGGUCUACAUGUUUCAUUGUCCUUUCUGCAAGUGGUAUAGGAAACUUGACCUCCAAGCAUUCUUGAGAUCAUAAGCCAUUAGCAUUCUGAUCUUUGUAUCGUCGGCAAAUUUGCAACCAUGGACAUUAAAUCUGGUCAAAAUUCUCCUGUUAUGACGGAUUCUCCCAUCAGCAAUUCAAGAUUAGCAAUGGCUAUGCAUCAGAAUCGGCUCCCAUAUUCGCCAUCGUCUGCAACAACACUCUCUCAGAACCUAAUCUUGACCGUUCCCAGGAAGAAAACCGGGAUUCUUGAUGAUGUCAGGUCAAACAGUUGGCUCGAUUCUAUGAAAGCCUCGUCUCCGCCUCCAUCCAAAGUGAACAAGGACAACAGCACUUACAAUGAUGUUUCAUGCAAUGAUUCGGACAUUGCUUACCAUAAUUGGAUGCUCAAAUAUCCAUCGGCUCUUGCCUCGUUUGAGAAAAUCGCGAGUUCUGCAAAGGGCAAAAGGAUAGCUUUGUUCCUUGACUAUGACGGGACCCUUUCACCUAUCGUUGAAGAUCCUGAUUCCGCGUUCAUGUCCACCACUAUGCGUAACGUUGUACGAACCGUUGCCAAGCACUUCCCAACCGCUAUAAUCAGCGGAAGAAGCCGAGAUAAGGUGUAUGAGUUUGUGAGAUUGAACGAACUUUAUUACGCCGGAAGUCACGGGAUGGACAUCAUGAGUCCUGAACAUCCGGACUCUACUCGAUCUAUUAACAAACAGGGAAAGGAUGUGAAUUUGUUCCAGCCAGCUAGCGAGUUUUUACCGACGAUUGAUAAGGUCUUCAAUUCACUGGUUGAAGGUACAAAAGAUAUCAAAGGAGCGAAAGUUGAGAACAACAAGUUCUGUGUGUCAGUGCAUUAUCGUAACGUAGAAGAGAAGAACUGGCCUGUGGUUGCACAGUGUGUGGGCAAUGUCAUUAGAAACUAUCCAAGGCUACGUCUAACGCAUGGCCGUAAGGUUUUAGAGGUUCGGCCUGUGAUUGAUUGGGACAAAGGGAAAGCUGUCAUCUUUCUACUAGAAUCGCUAGGGCUUAGUGACUGCGAAGAUGUACUUCCCAUCUACGUAGGGGAUGACAGAACAGAUGAAGAUGCAUUUAAGGUACUGAGGGAGGGGAAGAAUCGUGGGUAUGGAGUAUUAGUCUCGGCUGUGCCAAAGGAAAGCAAUGCCUUCUUCUCUCUCAGAGACCCUUCCGAGGUGAUGGAGUUUCUUAAAUCGCUCGUCUCGUGGAAGAGAUCGAUGGAUCCGUAGGAAAACUAAACGGCAUUUUCAGAUUAUACAGGCAGAAGAAAAGGAACAGAUACAGAUCGGAAGUAAGAAAAAAGUUUUUUUUUUUUUUGUGGGGGGUAUUAGCUGAGGAUGAUCCUGACGAGUGAGAACGAAAAGAGAGAUCGAAUGAAGGCUUUCCAUACAAAUAGCCGGAGAUCUGUGUUUUUUUUUUUUUCAGAGACAGAACAGCCAUCCGUGAUUUGGAUCUCUUCUCUAACUGUAAAUUCUGUCUUCUGGGAUCUUUCUUUUUUUAAUCUCUCUUUAUCAUAUGAUAUGUCGGACCAAAGGUAUGUCUUUCGUUACAGAUAUUUAACAUCUCAUUUCGUUUUC